ACAAAACGCAGCCGUUGCCUUUUCCCCCGAAUUCGUCUGACCGUUAAAAUUAUAAGCUUGCCGGAAAGCGCUUGCCGAGUUGUCGUCGUCGGCCGCCGUUAACAGUUAUAAGCGUUUUCUGUUGUAAUCCGAAAGAGAAAUUGCAUUUAUGCUGAAAUUAUUAGUACCAUACUUUACUUGUUGCCAAGCCAAAAAGUAUUGAUGAAUCUGGAAUUGUCAAGGUUAUAAAUUCUUGCUUCAACAGACUUGGGGUGUCUUUUGAUAUGAACCAGGGAGGUUUGUUGCUGGCAAUACAUUUGAUGUUUAUAGGAGAGGAGAGGACUUUAUGGCGAAGGAAUUAUGGAGUUCGGUAGAGCUUCAAGUUUUUUCUUUUUUUUAGAUACAAGAGAAUCUACCAUGGAACCAACUUGCGCGGCUUGUGCCAUGGAAUGGAGCAUCCAACUUGAGAAGGGCCUCCGUUCUAGUAAACCAGGUGUACCUGUCAAAGCCAUAUUGCAAAUGGGGCCCCACCUUCAGCAUUGGAGUAGAGAGCUCGAGUCUGGUAUUGUUUCCAAUGCCAUGUUUGACCUUGUGCCAGGUGAAGAUGAGCUAUUUGCUAAUGCCAUCCUCUUACGCCUCGCUGAUGCCUUCAGGGGGGGUAACAAAGAAAUCAGGCUUUCUGUUGUCAGAGUUUUCUUGAUCGAGCAAAAGCACCACAAUAACAGGAAGCACAAGCAGUGUAAAGGGUUGUUGUCAAUGGCUAGAGUAGCUAACCACUUGGAGUUGUUGAAGCGGGUGAAGUCUGUUUUCAAUGACGGAGAUUCAGUGUCCAAGGCAUUGGCUCUUAUUCUGUUUGGUUGUUGGGCUGAUUUUGCCAAUGACAAUGCUCAGAUACGAUACUUGAUACUUUCCAGCCUUGUUUCUCCGCAUUAUUGUGAGGUAAGAGCAUCAUUGUUUGCUACCGGUUGCUUUUGUGAGAUAUCAGAUGAUUUUGCAUGUAUUACAUUGGAGAUGCUGUUUAACAUGAUGAAUUCACCUGCAGUAUCGUUGCCUAUAAAGUCAGCUGCAGCACGAGUUUUUGCAAAAUUCAAGUGCUCAUAUUCAGUUGCAAAGAAAGCGUAUAAGAUUGGUCUAGAGCUGAUAUCAAGUUCUUCAAAUGAAGAUAUUCUUGUUAUCAUGCUACUCUCACUUUCAAAACUAGCAUCUGUUUCUACACUUCUUACCUCCAAUCAUGUGGAGUUCCUUAUUUCAUUUCAGGAACGACAGUUAACUUCGCAUGUACAAGAAACGACUUUAAGAUGCAUACAUUUUUUAUCCAGAAAUAAUCCAUCUCUAAAGCUUUACUGUAAUACGUCCUUUGAAGUCCCAGAUGGAAAUGGUGUAGAACUCACCCCAUCUGAAUAUGAAGUUUGGAAAGGUGAUUGGACAGAUGAUGAAAUGGUUGAACUGAACAAAUUGUUAUCGGAUUUCGAAUUACUUUAAUGUAAUGUAUAGUAUAAAUUACUAAGACACUUGUGUAGCAUAUUUAAAUUACAUGUGUUUAGUUAUAUUGAUCAAUAAAGAAAUGAAAUUUUGAAUAGAA